AUGACAAACGACAACUCCAACAAUGCUGGCGCCUCCAAUGGCGAGGCCAAGUCCUCCUUCACUGUCAAGGCCGGCCUCGCUCAGAUGCUCAAGGGCGGUGUCAUCAUGGACGUCGUAAACGCUGAGCAAGCUCGCAUCGCCGAAGAAGCUGGUGCCUGCGCCGUCAUGGCCCUAGAGCGUGUCCCUGCCGAUAUCCGCAAGGACGGAGGCGUCGCCCGCAUGUCCGACCCCGCCAUGAUCAAGGAGAUCCAAGACGCUGUUACCAUCCCCGUCAUGGCCAAGGCCCGUAUCGGUCACUUUGUAGAGUGUCAGAUCCUCGAGGCCCUUGGCGUCGACUACAUCGACGAGUCCGAGGUUCUCACCCCCGCCGACGACGAGAGCCACGUCGAAAAGAGCCCCUUCAGCGUCCCCUUUGUCUGCGGAUGCCGAAACCUGGGUGAAGCCCUCCGCCGAAUCGCCGAAGGCGCUGCCAUGAUCCGAACAAAGGGCGAGGCCGGCACUGGAGACGUUGUCGAGGCUGUGCGACACAUGAAGACCGUCAACAGAGACAUUGCGCAAGCCAAGGCCGCUCUCGCCGAGGGUGGUAUCGUGCGCAUCCGCGAGAUGGCCCGCAAGCUUGAAGUCGACGCCGAAUUGCUCCGCCAAACCGCCGAGCUGGGCCGUCUUCCUGUCGUCAACUUUGCGGCCGGCGGAGUUGCCACGCCCGCCGAUGCGGCGCUCAUGAUGCAACUCGGCUGCGACGGUGUCUUUGUCGGCAGCGGAAUCUUCAAGUCUGGCGACCCUGCCAAGCGGGCCAAGGCCAUCGUGCGAGCCACGACACACUUCAGGGACGCCAAGGUUCUUGCAGAGACUAGCACGGGGCUUGGCGAGGCUAUGGUGGGAAUCAACUGCGAUAGUAUGAAGCCCGAGGAGAAGCUUGCUGGACGAGGAUGGUAG